AUUCUAUUUACUUGUGCACAAGAAGAAGAAGAGCAAGGGGCUUUUGUUGGGCAGCAGAUUAAACAAAAAUCUGUGUGCAUGAAAACGUCAUCGUUCUGUACGAUCUUUAAAUCAUGAAACGCGGACUGUUCACCAUAAUUGGGGUCACAGCUGGGGCAGUUGGUGCGGUUGCAUUGGCCCCCGUGGCGCUCACCAUGGCUGGAUUCACCUCUGCUGGUAUAGCAGCAGGAUCUUUGGGUGCCAGCAUGAUGUCAUCAGCAGCCAUCGCCAACGGUGGCGGUGUGGCUGCGGGAAGUUUGGUCGCUCUCCUCCAGUCUGCAGGUGCUGCUGGACUGUCUGCAGGUGCGACGGCAGCUGUGGCAUCUGUGGGUGGAGCAGCAGGUGCUGUAAUAGGCGGAGCUGUAGAUUUGUUCUCUCGUUCCAGGAGUCCACCUUCACUUGAGGAGGAAGAUGAUGUAAAUGAAGAAGAAGAAGAGCCAGAGAUAAUUUUUUUGGAGUCCAAAGACCUUGUGCCAAAAUAAGGACUUCUGUUAAUAACUGAUAACAAUUUAUUUGUUUGAGCACUUUGUAUUUGUGUUCAUGUCGGUUUUAUGCUUGUGCAAUUAA